AUGCCCUUAGUAACAAGCCUUACUCGUCACUGGCGUGGUGUCUGGCUAUCUGACGUUGGGCCAAUAGAACGCGAUCUGCUGCGAAAGUUUAUCCUACACUCCUUUGACAAUCUCGAUCCCAGAGUUUACCAUCGCUCAGUUUUAUCCGGAAUCGAUGGCCUGCUUCGAGGCUCUCGCUCAAAAUUAUCUGAUCAACCUUACUGUUCGCAGCUGGAUCAAUUAACCUGGACCCUAGUGUCUGGAUUGAUGUUCAGUGAGCUUUCCGACUCUAAUAUCUGGUCUGAAGAGGCGAUGAUAGGUGUUGAUAGUAAUGAUCACUCCAUCAAAGAACGUGUGCUUUCCUGUCUAUACAAUCACCUUAUUACACUGUGGAAUCUGCAUCUCCAUGGCCAAUGUCUUCCUAAGUCCCGAAGUGAAUCGGCUUGUAGUACAUUUGGGCCCUUGGGCCAUCCCGGUGUUGACAUGCCACCAAAGUCCGCCAAAGAACUCCUUUCUGGACUCGGCGGCUUGCUUGGGCCUUUGGUCCGCUUCGCUCUAGGUAGAUCGGCUCUCUAUGAGGAUUAUUCACUCAAUUCCAGCCCCAAUGAAACUUCUUAUGGCCUUGCCGGACAGUCUUAUGAUGCUCAUAUUGCCUACCCACCUAAUUUUCUUGCUCAGCUCGUACAAACUUGCGCUAUGUUCGAAAAUGAGUGUAGUCAGGUCAAAUUUCUCACGAUUACUCAUGUGAUCCACCUUCUAGCCGAAACUAGCGUGAUUCUCACCUACAUGCUACGUCGCAGUCUUGGUGCUUUGCUCUUGGCCUUGGCGAGCCGACCUAAGUGGCAG